AGCUGUUCCUUAACGAUACACAAGCCUAACUACCGCAGUCAGGACUCCUGGAAUGCCCAAGUGGAGAAGAAACUGCAGAUUCACUGUUUGGUAUUCCAAGCUACGAGUUGUUCUGAAAACGAAAUAACGGAAUAGUUCAGGAUCAUUUAAACGCUCUUUACCAGGACGUACGUGUCUUCGGUCUUGACAGUAAGUGGAGAAUAACCUGGAGUUUCUUACAAUAAACAAAAUUUAAAAUUAUCUUCCGUUAACUUGACUUUUAUAAGAGUAUUGCUCUAACUGAAAUAAAAUACUUAGGGCUUGUUUUAACUACGUCAUCCUAAUGAAUAAGGAUCCUCCAAUCAGCGACAUCAUGUCACUCCUGGGUACUCCCUACCAGCCUUACAGCCACCUGGACGAUGAGGAUGACUUUCUUCGUCACCAUCAGCAAGAACGCGAAGAACAAAAGAAGUGCCAGUGUUCGCGAGCACUUCCCGCCACGAUCUUUGGCAUUUCGGUUGUCUUGGUGACAAUUAUCGUCGCCUGUUUCACUACAAUAGGGCUUUCGACACCAGAGGGCGAGAAGUAUGAAGCAGACACUACUUUAGGGACUUCCAAUGCAUGGAAGCAGUUUGUCACAGUUCACACCGACUGUGGGAACUAUCAGGGAGGUAUUGAUGGUGAAGCCUUUGUAUUCAAGGGGAUCCCAUACGCUGUACCUCCAAGUGGUCCUUACCGUUGGAGACAUACGGUACCACUAACAGAAGAUGGGGAAAAAUGUAGACCCUACUCACAAACAGAGGCCAAGAAUUUUGGGUCACCUUGCAUUCAACUCAACCCCUACACUAAGCACUAUGAAGGCCAAGAGGACUGUCUUUAUUUGAACGUUUGGACUCCGAAAUUGGACAGCGAGGCACACUUAGACGUGAUGGUCUGGAUCCAUGGAGGCUUCUUACAGUUCGGAAGUGGUCAUCAACCAGGUCUUAGUCCAUCUGGAAAACUAGCCCAGAAGUUGAACGUAGUACUUGUUAGUUUCAACUAUCGUAUAUUUGCUAUGGGAUACCUUGCUCUCGAUAUUUUCACCGAUAACAAUUCGAGUAACAGCAAUACUGGUGGAAAUUUUGGUUUAUCAGAUCAAAUAACUGCUCUGAAAUGGGUUCAUAAAAACAUCAAAAAUUUCGGAGGAGAUCCUAACAAGAUAACAGUGUUUGGGGGAGAUGCAGGGGGAGCCUCUAUUCUUGCAAUGAUGACUUCUCCUGUUUCCAAAAAACUUUUCCAAAAGGCUUGGCUCACAGGACCAGCAUUAAUUUUCAGAAGAACUUUUGCUGAAGCUAACAGACACAAUGAAGCUUUUUUUCUGAGGAGGUCAAAUUGUACCGACCAAAACUGUUUGCGUAAACUUUCGGACAGAAAAGUUAUCAAUUAUUACCUGGGAAAAGACGAUCCAUCAUUUCGUAUUCGAGAUCAAAAUGAUCUACCGAUCCAAGGAAUCUAUCCUGAACAACUUGUGGUUGUAGGAGAUGACGAAGUGCCAAAACCGCCAAUAGAAGCAAUAGAAUCCGAAGAGAUCGCAGAUAUACCCCUUCUUAUUGGAACCUCCACUCAAGCAGUAGAAUUUUGGCCAGGGCCGGACGACUUACGUCAUUGGUCGUGGAGAAGGUACAAGAAGUAUGUAACUACAAGCCUGGAUAGUUUUGGGCCUGGUAUUGCUCGUAUGGCACUCCAGCUUUACAAUAGUUCAGAGACAACUUCUGGAACAAUCGAAGAACUCUACACGACAAUGGUUUCUGACCUGAGGCAGACCUGCCCUGUGAACGAACUGGCUUCUGCUUACAGUGAUAAUAUGAAAUCACCUGUAUACCGUUACAUCGUUACAACACAGCCUUCGGUAUCUGUUAAAGCUUAUGAUUAUAAAGCUCUCUACAGCUUUCACCUAUGGGAUCUUAUUGCGUUUUUCCAUCAGCUUGACAUUUACUUUGACAACCCUAGCGAAGAGGACUAUGCUUUUGGCAGUCUUUUGCAUGACAUUGUAAUGGCAUUUGUUAAAUCAGGUGAACCAACAACUGAACAUCCUGAUUGGCUGAAGUUUCCUAAGGCCCUUGCGUUACUAGCUGAAAAUGUUUCUGUCAUCGACAGCUACCAUGCCACUCAGUGUAAGUUCUGGAAAAUGCAUGGUUUGACAAGAUACGCUUGGGUAAGUUAAAAUCGAGAAGUUCGAACCUGGCUGUAGGGAUUUAAAGUUGGGGGAUGGUGUCAAGAAUGAAGAAAAACUAGUUUCUUGUGAUUUUAAUACUCGUGAAAAACACGCUUAAACUUCACUUUUAUCAAUCAGGCAGAUGAUAAGAGCAGGCUUAAAUCAUGUACGGGAAUGGAUAAGGUGUAUACCUCAAAAUAAAGCGAUUUCAAUGUACGGACAAUUGAAGUAUACAUUAAAUCACAAGUAAUAUUAAGAAGAAGAAGAAAUCACGUGCUUAUUCAGAUCCCAGGUACCCUCAAUGUGUGUUUGUAGUAACUAUGUUGUUAUUGAAGUGUUUUGAUAAGUCUACUUCCCAGUUCUUAAACAUUAACAUUUCUCCGUCCCUCGUAAAACGCUCAGAAAAAUAGAGAAACGGGAUUGAAAAAACUUUUUAAUUUAUCUUAGUAGAUUAUCCUGCUUCUUUACAUCCGUCACGACAUUAAUCGGAAGUAUUAUGACACCAGGGUUUUUGGUUUUUUUUGUUAAUUGUAACCUAUGUAAAUAGAUGUAUAUAUAUAUAUAUAUAUUAAAUAUAGAGGUCUUAUGUUAAAGCAUUUUCCUAGAUAUCUAAACUCACUACAACUGGUGAGUGUUUUGUGCAUGAAUUAAUUAACUAUUUAAGAAGGAUGUGUGUCUAUCGUGAAUGUUUUCGUAUUUAUUUUAAGCUUUUGGUAAAUUAAAUGAUCUUGAAAGUUUUCUCACAACUGAAAAAAAAAAAAGUGCCAUAAUUUUUUUGUGAAAUCAUAUUAAGCUUGAUGCUUACGUCAGAAUAAUAUGCCAAACUUAAACAUGCAGAUGUCUUGCUUUCAACUAUUUCCCCCAACGACAGUACACUCGGCAAAGCAACAAAGUUACCAUUAAGGCUGGUGACAAGGAUGAUCAAUUAUUCUAGAAAUUACCAUUUUCGACCCGUAAAAUUCGCGCCUGAAUUUAAUGAAACUGGAUGAAGUGGAAUGCAAGACGGCACCAUUUCACGAAACACUUUACAAAACUUUUAUUUACUGUGAAACUUCAAAAUUUAAAAUAAGAAAUUGGAUUGCACACACACACACAUUAAGCAUGUUCAACUCUUAUAGAUCUCUCUAAAUUCCAGAUUACAAGAAUUUCUGGAAACCUAAGGUAUAUUUCUAUUUUCUUUCAACGGAAUCAGUUUUACAUAUAUUAAUAGAAGAAUGUUUUAUCUCAUUUCAUUUUCUUUUUUACAGAAUACGUUUUACAUAUUAAUAAGGGAGCGCUUUAUUUUACUUCGGAAAGCUGUGACAACACGUCAACAAUUUAAUUUUGUAUAGUUUCGUAUGUAUAUCUUGUGACUGUUAGACAUCAACAAAAGUUAAACAAGUUAAAUCAUAAAUAUUGAAAACCUUGUAUGAUACGGAGGGUUUGCGUCUAAAAGGUCACAGAACUAAAGCAAAACAGAAUGUAGAUGAUUCAAAUGUCUCCAUAUCCUAUUUAAUAAUAAAUUACUUAAGUUUACGCAAAAGCUUAGAGUUAAAAAAGUAAUCUGAAGGCAGUUGUAUCAGCCAUGCUACAUCCCCGAUAUAUAAAAAAAUGCAGUUGUAUCAGCCGUGCUACAUCCCCGAUAUAUAAA